GUCGGAGUGCCGCGCCGCAUUGGGAAGAGUUGGCGGGCACCGGAGCCGCAGGCGGCGCGGGAGCUGCUCGCUGCUUGAACAAGCGCGGGACCAGAGAGAGCCUGCCUGCGUCCCGAGCCUCCCGAGCGCGGCACUCCGGCCCAGCCAGCCAGCCAGCCAGGGCGAGGGGCGCGGGCGGCGGGGGAGAGCCUCUCGGGCACACUCGCGGCUCGGUGGCGCACCGGGCGGCCGACGGAGCCCCGCUCGUCCCGGGAUCGCCAUGACCGAAAUCACCGAGAAGGAAAACGAGCCGCAGCCCAACCCGGACGCGCAGCAGCCGCCGGCCACGGGCGCCAGCCUGCAGGAGACCAAGUUACAGAGGUUCAAGCGCUCGCUGUCACUCAAAACCAUCCUGCGGAGCAAAAGCGUUGAGAAUUUUUUCCUGCGUUCUAACAGCGAGUUCAAACUUCCCUCUGAUGUGCUGCUCAGCCCCCCGGAUUCUGUACCACCCCCAUCCCCCCCACCUGCUCCCACGGAGGCAGACCAUUCUCCCAGGACAGCUCCCAAACCUCUGGUGCCCCUCAAGCCCAUGAAAACGCACAGCUUCCAAGAGCACGUCUUUAAAAAACACAGCCCGUGUGAACUCUGCCACCAACUCAUUGUAGGAAACUCGAAGCAAGGCCUGCGCUGUAAGACAUGCAAAGUUAGCGUGCAUCUGUGGUGUUCAGAAGAAGUUUCGCAUCAGCAGUGUUCGGGCAAAACACAGACAACCGCCUUCCGGCGUAAUCUCAGCUCCCCGAUGCUGGUACAUGAGCCACAGCAACAGCCAGUGGCCAUCAAGGAGUCACCCCCCGCAGCAGGCCCCAGUGGAAGAGUGGAUCCUGUUUACGAGACCUUGCGCUAUGGAACGUCGCUGGCCCACUUCAAUCGUUCCAGUUUCAGCAGCACCUCAGAGUCCCCUACCAAGAGUCUGAACGAGAAAGAGGAAGUGACUGAGGACACAGAAAGUGGCAAGCAGGUGGCUGAGGAAAAUCAAGUUGAUAAUGUGUUUUCCACCCCAGCAGAGGGCGAGGGCACCCCGUCGGAGGAAAAAAGCCCGGGGCAGCAGACAGCUCAGGGCUCUACCCGUAAGGAGAUCGCCCCCAUGUACUCGUAUGUUGCCCUCUUCAAGUUUCUGCCUCAGGAAAACAAUGACUUGCCCCUGAAGCCGGGAGAUCGAAUCAUGCUGGUGGACGACUCCAAUGAGGACUGGUGGAAGGGGAAGAUGGGCGACCACUUGGGCUUCUUCCCUGCCAAUUUUGUGCAGCGGGUUCGUCCAGGUGAGACGGUUUGGAGGUGCUGCAAGACUUUCUUCGGCAACAAGGAGCAGGGUCAGCUGAGCCUGAAGGAGAACCAGAUCUGUGUCGGUAUAAAGACCAAGGAGACCGAGGGUUUCAUCAAAGUGACAAGUGGUAAAAAACGAGGUCUCGUUCCGGCUGAUGUACUAACAGAGGUUUGAAGACGGCAUUAAGGAGCAAAGCAUGCGGGGAAAACAGGAGCUGUUAAGUGCAGGGAAAGAGCAUCCCUCUUAGCCCUGCCGUAUUGUAGCCCAUCCCAUACCUGAGCACCUGGCUAAUCACUAUUUCAUGGAAUCUUCUAGAUGGAUUGUGGAUGGCUUUGGGUUGGGGGAAGGAAGGAGACUUGGCGAGCACUGGCUUGAAUACCACUUGCCUGUAAACCACUGGACCUAGACUUGUGGUCACAUCCAAGUUGAUGUCUCCUGUCCCGUUCUCAGUAGCUUGGGCACAGUAUUUUUUUUUCCUUCAGUAAUGGUGGUGUUCACUACUCUGGCAUAAAGUGUGAGGGAGAUUUCCAUAGCUGUCAUUCACCCCCUUUCCCUUAUCCUUGGCCCGUGCUUCCACGGCAGAAGAGGUCGGCAACAGACACUGGCUAUAUCCUGCAGGGCUCUUUAUAUCUUGCCAUAAAGCUUCCCCCAUUCUGAGGUUCUCUAAACAAAUCUUUGUCGCAUGUGGAAACGUGAUGGCCUUCUCUGGCCAAGGGGGCCACGUUGGUGUGUUGUGUCCUGUCUGUCCAUGUGUUAGUUUUGAACUUUCAGGGCUCUCUACAUAUUUGUGCUUGUGUGAGACGGUUGCUCAAAGCUGGUUUGGUCUACCAGUAGAAAGAAAUACAAUUCCAUCAUGUCCUCUAGUCAGUCAGUGGGCAAAAGGCCUCAGUAGGGGGCUUGUUCCACAGUUAGCUCCUAGAAGAUUCGGUGGCUCCUAGGAUCUUCCUUUGUGAUCUCCAUUUGCCUCUCCCACAUGCAGUGAGUGACUCACCACAAGAACUGACAGCAACUUGGAUCGUUUCUCAGGGACUUUCCUCAGCCUGCCACAAUCUGAACUGAGCUGAGAAUGUGGCCCCCUGCAUUGCUCGUGUGAGAUCAGAGAGGCUGAUCAACCUGUCUUCUCCUCACCUCCCCAGCAUGCUUCCAGCUACUUGUAAAUGCAUUGUGGAAGAAGGACCUUGGUUUCAUCCUUCAGAGAUGUUUUGCAGUAUCAGUGUCUGGAUGCCAGCAAUGUGACGAAGUCGGAUUUUCUCCACUGGAGAGAGUGGACAAGAAGGGGACAUUUGCCAGAUCCUGUGGGUCUGAGGCCCAGUUUGUACGUGACACAGUAAAACGCUUGCCAGAAUUGCCCUGUCGGGUUGCAAAGCAUUUACAGUGCUCACUGGAUCAUUUGCACAUAAUGUUAGCACAUCAGCCGUGUGCUCGCUCAUGCUGUUACGAAGUGCUUUAGCCGUUGCCCGCGUCAUGUUUAUAUCAAGCCUGGGAGGGGGAUAUUUCUUAACUCUUAUAGAAGGAGCACAGCCUGCCUAACUGUAGUUUAGCAAUAGGUAUUUCUUUGCUUCCAGGAAACCAAAGUGCAGAUCAAUGGCCUUUCUGCUGUGUUCAGUCUUUUGCACUCUUCGCUGUCCUAAACAACCCUGCUAGACUGAGCUAGACUUUCCAGUCUUACUCAGCACCUUCCCAAAACCACCCUUUGGAUUCAGAUGCUUCUCCUGGAGAUGUCUGAGCAAGGGAGCAAACGCUCCUACAUUUCGAAGCAGAAAAU